AAAUACCAAUGACUUAAUAAUGCAUAUUUGAGUAAAUAACAUGAGUUAUAAACAUAAUAACAACAUGAGUUAUGUAUAUAAACUCCAUUAUUAUCCAAAUACGGUAGCAAAUGUUUUACGCUGUUAUUAAAUACCGCAUUAAAGACUAGGAAUCCCUGAGUUGCUUAUCACUUUUGUUCUUACGUAAAUAAAUUCUUACAAAUGUGGCUUACUUAUAUUUUGCUGCUGCAAACUGCAAUGUUUUCACUUGGAAAUAUAACCACCAGUGAUAAAUAUCCGGAGCCUACAUAUAGCCAUCUAAGUACCUAUCUAGUGUCUUUGCGCACUCGUACAUAUAUACAUACUCCUGGAGAUAAUCAUUUCUGUACUGGCGUGAUGCUGAGUAAGCGCCAUGUUCUCACUUCGGCACAUUGCAUCACAGAUAAAAAAGGUAUGAUAAUGAACACAAAACGAAUUGUGGUAGCCCUUUGUGCGGCUCUUUUCCAAACUCCAGAGGCUGAAGAGUUUCUUGUGGAAAUUCAGAAUAUGGUUGUCUAUCCGUAUUAUCAGAGAAACGUUCGCGAUGAUUUGGCUGUAAUUAAGCUGAGAAGAACUAUUAAAUUUGAUGGCCUAAGAUUGGCCCAAGUGAUUAUAGGAAAUUCCCAACUAGAAGUGGGAAAAGAUUGCAAGACCGUGGGUGGAAACUUUGGCAUUAGAAGGCAAAGAUUUGGAUCAUUCCAAAGCAUGUUAUUUGUUGACGUUGAACUGCGACCAAUUGAGGAGUGCCUGGAUGUCAGGAGAGACCAAAGGGAGUCCCAGGCCGAAAGCGAAGAUCUCAUAUGUGUAAGGUCCUUGGAAAAUCGUGUCUGUACUACCGAUUUUGGUGGCCCCCUAUUCUGCGAUGGUCAGCUCUAUGGGAUUGCUUUGGGCUUCGUUAAUUGCUCUUCUCCGCAUCCGGUUUUCUUCAGUUACGUGCCUUUUUAUACCAGCUGGAUGGACAAGAUGAUAUCUCAGGGAGUGGAGCUGCAGCCAUAUCAUAAAUGGAUAUUUUCCCUGGCUUUCCUCAUCUGUAUUUUGGGCAACUUUCACCUGCGGCAGCAACUGGAUAUCUAAAUCUCUCUGGAAAGGAAAAAGUGCCGGCCUCAAAGCUCCCGCCUGCGAUUAAUGGAAAAUUGGGGAAAAGCCCUAGGAAACUUUCGCCUGCAAUGCACCUGUGUGCCACGUGUGGCAAAUGUCACGUUCACUUUUCCCCCAGAAAAAAACCGCAUUGCCUUUCCUUUCAAAUUUAACAACAAUAUUUUUGGUUAUUGCCUAACACUUUUGCACCUUUGCAUUAAUCAAAACAAAAAGAAACUGCCGAAAAAAAGCUCAAUAAAUUUGUACAAAAAAAUGAUUGAUAAAGGCCAUAAAUAAUCCCAAUAAUAAAUAGAAAAUUGGUCAAGAAAAAAGUAAAAGGCAGCGACACGGCAAUUUGAUGUAACAACCAAUCAUUAUUAAUAGCCACGAAAUGCUGGAUAAAAAUCAACCCGUAAAGGUAAAAAGAAAUUGCACACACACGCGAUAAUGUUGGCUGAAAAGAAAAGCCAGAAGUUAACAAUAACAAGUUUUGCGCUGAACUCUUGUUGCCCAACUCCCAUUGACUUUGAGUUCAAGACUCGGAUGGAAAGCCAGCCAUAAAUCAGUAAUAAUUAUCUUUUUUGUUGCUCUGCAAUUGCCCGAAUGCAGGUAGCGGGUAUCACAAAAGCUGAUAAAUCGAUGCUGAUAAAUUGAAAAUUACCAGCCAAGCGAUAUAUAAUGGCCGGGAUGAUAAGCUCACAUAUUGCAUUCAAUAAAUGUACAUGAACUCGUGCAUGCCGCAUUUGAUUUUCCUUUUAUAGUGCUGAAAUUGCAUACCAAUUUGUGGUAGACAGCAUCCCAGACAUAUGUGCUGGACUUGCUUUUUUCUUUCUCUUUUAAAAUCAACAAGAUGCUGAUUGGGGCAAUGGGAUAAACUGGGAAAAUCGUUUCCAAAUCUAAAAGUAAAACAUUCAAAUGCAUGGAGAGUAAUGUCCUUUAAGGGUAAUUAAAAAUUAAGAGGAUUAACCCAUUUUGUUUCUUCAAUAAGAUGGGCUUAUAAAAAAUAUUA